AUGACCAUUUGGUAUUUAAGUAAUACAGAGACAUUUCGGCAAAUUGGUGAUCGUUUUGGUUUGAAUAGAGGUCAUGCUUGUCGAACAAUACAUAAGUAUUUACAAUCACUUUCAAUCCUCCUUGAUGAUUUUAUUAUAUGUCCAAAAGGAAUCUCUGAAACAAUUACAGUACAAGAAUUUAAAAAUUUAAGACUUAAUUAUAUUCCUAAUACAAUAGGCUGUAUUGACGGUUGUCAUAUUCGGAUACACUCUCCAAGAUACAAAAGAAGUGAAUAUACUAACCGCAAGAUGUUUCAGUCAAUUGUUCUAUUGGCUGUAUGCAAUGCUAACUUAGAAUUUACAUACAUAUUUUCUGGUUGGCCUGGAAGCUCUCAUGAUGCUAGUCUUCAAAAACUCUUCAUUGGGAGACACUCUAUUAAAUAA